AGCACGCUUCUGAUCUUUCGUCUGCAUCAUUCCACAUUCAAUUUCAUCGAUCAAAUAUCAUAGCAAAAAAGCUCUCAAACGUGUUGAAUAAAAUGGAAAAUCUUACCAAGCACGCUGUGAUUUGCAGUUUAUUAACAGCACUUGUUUUUUCAUCAUGCCCAAUAACAAUGUCUCAAAGUGAUUCAGAGAACGAGUUUACCUAUGAUAUGAAGGGCAAGACAGGACCAGAUAAAUGGGGAGACCUAAAACCUGAUUGGAACCUGUGCAAGAUGGGAUCCAUGCAAUCCCCAAUUGAUUUCUCGAAUGAUAAGAUUGAAAAAGUAACUAAUUUGGAAGAACUUCAAACCAACUAUAGACCAUCCAGAGCAAGUAUUAAAAAUAGGGGCUACGAUAUCAAGGUGGAAUGGCAUGGGGACAAAAGCAGUGUAAAAAUUAAUGGAACUAAGUAUAGACUUGUACAGUCUCAUUGGCAUUCUCCCUCUGAACAUGCCAUUGAUGGCACAAGGUUGGAUCUAGAGUUGCACAUGGUGCACCAAACUCCAUCAGGACAAAUUGCAGUGGUUGGAAUAAUGUACAGGGCUGGAAGAGCAGAUCCUUUUUUGUCAUCGUUAACGGAAGUUUUAGAGGCCCUUUCUGAUAAAACUGGAGCAGAAAAAGAAGUGGCUGAACUGGAUCCUAAUCUGGUUAUGGAACGCGCAAGCGCAGCAUUUUAUUACAGAUAUAUUGGUUCUCUCACAUCUCCUCCAUGCUCUGAGAAUGUUGUUUGGACCGUCUUCAGAGAGGUGAGAUCGGUUUCUCAGGAGCAAAUCAAAAUGCUUAAAGAGGCCGUUGAAGAUCAUGCAAUUUCCAAUGCAAGACCGUUGCAGAAAUUGAACAACCGCGUAGUGCAGUUCAAUGAUCCCGAAGUUAAAGAUUAGUGUUUCAAGGCAUUGACGAGGACAAAUACAUAAAUUAUCAGAUUUUGAUUUCAAGUUUUGGUGGGAGAGAGAUUUUUCUGAUGCACUUGGUCUGUUGUUAUUUUCUGAUGUUUAUUUCAUGUUUUCGGGUAUAUUCAGUUUAAUUUUCAUUUUGUUCCUAUACAUGAUGUUUUUUGAUGUAUAUAUUAUUAGGACCAAGAGUUGGGCAGUGCUUACAUUAUAGUUUCAAAAGGUGAAGAACAUUUAUCUUUUUAUUCUGAUUAAUUAUCACAAAUUAUACUGA